UUUACUCUUUCACUGGCUGAAAUUUGCUUCCUAAAUCUCAUGGAUGAGAUUCAAAAAUCCCCUCUAACCAACUCUACAACACACUCUAUUUUAGCAAACCAGUCAGUACCAUGGAAAGGGUUCAAACCAUGUCAUAGUAGCACCAACUUGUAUACAUACUACUAUCAGUGAAAUCCAAUAUAUAUUGGUCUGUAAUUCUUUGAGCUUUGCAAAGUUAGGCAUUUUAGAUUCCUAUCCCAUGGUGUAGUCCACAGGAUGAUCAUUAGGACAUCAGUCCAUCAAACCCAUUUCUUGAUACCUCAAGAAGAUCACCCACAAGGCCCAGAAUCCAAUUUCAGGUUGAGGGAACAAGUAUGUGUCUCCCUCAUCAAGCAAUGCAAGAACUUGGAAGAAUUCAAGCAAGCCCAUGCCCAAAUCCUCAAGUUUGGCAUGUUUUGGAGUUCUUUCUGUGCAAACAAUCUUGUUGCCACUUGUGCUCUUUCAGAUUGGGGCAGUAUGGACUAUGCAAGCUCAAUUUUUCAACAAAUCAACGAACCGGGUUCAUUUGCAUUCAAUCACAUGAUCAGGGGACAUGUGAAGGACAUGAACCUAGAAGAAGCCUUACUUAUGUAUGAUGAAAUGCUUGAGUUAGGGGUAGAACCUGACAAUUUCACUUACCCAACUCUUCUCAAAGCAUGUGCUAAUUUGCCGGCACUCGAAGAAGGAAUGCAAAUCCAUGGCCAUAGUUUUAAACUAGGGUUUGAGGAUGAUGUGUUUGUGCAGAACAGCUUGAUCAACAUGUAUGGAAAGUGUGGAGAGAUAGGUCUCUCUUGUGCUGUUUUUGAGAAGAUGGAGCAAAGAACUGUUGCUUCAUGGAGUGCCCUUAUUGCAGCCCAUGCUAACUUGGGGUUGUGGUGUGAGUGCCUUGAGAUUUUUGGGGAGAUGAGCAGAGAGGGUUGUUGGAGGGUUGAGGAGAGUGUGUUAGUCAAUGUCCUCUCUGCUUGUACCCAUUUGGGUGCCCUAGAUUUGGGAAGGUGCACACAGGGGUCCUUAAUUAGGAACAUGAGUGGGCUCAAUGUUAUACUAGAGACUACCCUAAUAGACAUGCUUGCGAAAUGUGGUUCUUUAGACAAAGGGUUGUUUCUUUUCCAAAGAAUGGCCAAGAAGAACAAAAUGUCCUACAGUGUCAUGAUCUCAGGGCUUGCCAUGCACGGACAUGGUCGGGAAGCCCUGAAGGUGUUCUCAGAAAUGCUCGAACAAAGGUUAGAACCCGAUGAUGUUGUCUAUGUUGGUGUGUUGAUUGCGUGCAGCCACGCUGGCCUUGUCGAGGAGGGUCUCCAAUGUUUUGAAAGAAUGAAAUCAGAGCAUGGCAUUGUACCAACAGUUCAACACUAUGGUUGCAUAGUAGACCUCUUGGGUCGAGCUGGGAAGCUCAAUGAAGCUUAUGAGUUCAUAAAGAACAUGCCAAUGGAACCAAACGAUAUAUUGUGGCGUACCCUUUUGAGCGCGUGCAAGGUUCAUCAAAACGUGGAAAUGGGGAAGAUUGCAGCUAGAGAACUAUUCUCACUAAACUUGAACAAUGCUAGUGAUUAUGUGGUGAUGUCAAAUAUGUAUGCACAAGCUCAAAUGUGGCAUGAAGUGGCUAAGAUUCGAAAGGAAAUGGUUAGCAAGGGCUUGACUCAAAUACCGGGAUUUAGCUUGGUUGAAGUGAAGAGAAAGGUGUACAAAUUUGUUUCACAAGACAAGUCAUACCCUCAGUGUCAAGGCAUCUAUGAGAUGAUUCACCAGAUGGAAUGGCAAUUGAGAUUUGAAGGCUAUUCACCCGAUACAUCACAAGUAUUGCUCGGAGUAGAUGAAGAAGAGAGGAGACAGAGACUGAGUAGCCAUAGUCAGAAGUUGGCAAUUGCUUUUUCACUCAUUCAUACAUCUCAGGGCUCUCGUGUAAGAAUAGUCAAAAACAUUAGAAUGUGUAGUGAUUGUCACACAUACACUAAAUUUAUUUCGACAGUCUAUGAACGAGAAAUUAUUGUUAGGGAUAGAAAUCGGUUUCACCGUUUUAAAGAUGGAUCUUGUUCUUGUAGGGACUAUUGGUGAAUUUAUGACUUUUGAUCUCAUCCUUGUUGAGAAAUUUUACUUUUCUCCCACCUUUUUUUUGAGUUUCUUUUUUUAUUUACAACCAGUAAUAGAAGAAUAGAAGGGAAAAUUACAUCGCACAACAGUGAAGCUCGAAAUAAACAUUAAAAGCAUUGGGGUUUUCCAGAUAACACAUAACUUUGGAUUGUACAAUGUUCAAUGAAAUUACAACAGAUAUUGAAUGGA